AUGACAAAUAUCCUCCCAGAGGGGAUAUACGCUCCUCUGCCAGCAUUCUUCGAUCAGGAUGACAACCUAGGUCGGCGUGUACAUUUUGAACUGGAAAAGAGGCAGAUUGCUUACUGUGAAGCAGACCUCAAAGCAUACAUUGAACAUGCUCUAUAUGUCACCAAACCCGGAGUUAUUCCAGUUGUUUCGGCUACAAUGGGAGAGGCGGCACAUUUAGAUCGCCAGGAACGAAAGCGGCUCAUCGAGACCGUGCGAGUAGCCCUGGACAAGAAUCAUCUGUACCAGACGCCAAUAGUAGCCGGGGUUGGUGCAGCAAGUACGAGAGAAACUAUUCAUCUUGCUGAAGAUGCAGCUGCUGCUGGAGCCAAUUUUGUUCUUGUAAUUCUACCCAGCUACUAUGCAAACGCAUUACGGGCCACACCACGCGCCGUCAAACAGUUCUUCGUGGAUGUUGCUUCGAAAUCCCCAUUGCCGGUAGUCAUCUACAAUUACCCACCGAUUGCAGGCGGUAUCGAUUUGAGCAGCGACGAUAUCGUGGACAUCGCGAGGACAGCGCCAAAUGUUCGCGGCGUGAUGCUUUCAUGUGGUAAUGUUGGAAAAGUCUCGCGCAUCACGAGCGUCCUCGACAAGUCUUUCAGAACUUUUGCCGGUUUUAUCGACUUUCUACUCCCAUCGAUAUCCGUGGGCGCUGCCGGGGCCAUUAGCCCUUUACCAAAUCUUGCUCCGGAUCUUGCUAUGGAGUUUUGGCGUGAUACACAGGUGCUUUACGAGAGUGGGAGUUGGGCAAAAGCCAAAAAGCUCCAGGAAGUAACAUCCUUGGCCGAGUCCGACUUAUUGAGCGGGGGGGUUGCCGGCCUGAAAUAUUUGCUGAGUCAGCGGUUUGGUUAUCCUGCUAUACCUCGACUACCUCUUCAACCCCUGAGCGACUUCGACGCCGCUCGACUAUCCAACAGUAAUUACCUAAAGAGUAUCAACACCGAUAAGAAAUAG